AUGCUAGCUCGAGGUGUACGCAAUGUUAUUUAUAAUUAUACGGAUGCUCAACGCAAAGUUCGAUCAGCAACAUCGAAUGAUGCAUGGGGUCCAUCACCAGCACUUAUGCACGAGAUAGCUGAUUUAACUGAUAAUGUGGUUGCUUAUGCAGAAAUCAUGCCAAUUGUAUGGAAACGUUUAAAUGAUCAUGGUAAAAAUUGGCGACAUGUUUAUAAAUCUCUUGUUUUACUUGAUCAUUUAAUAAAAUAUGGCAACGAACGUGUUAGUCAACAAUGUAAAGAAAAUAUUUUUGCUAUACAAACAUUAAAAGAUUUUCAAUAUGUCGAAGAUCAAAAAGAUCAAGGUUUUAAUGUACGUGAAAAAGCCAAACAGUUAGUUGCUUUACUUAAAGAUGAUGAACGUUUACGUAAUGAACGUCGAAAGGCACAAGAAGCUCGAGAACGAUAUGCACGUCAAGCUAUGGGAAUGGAUUCAAGUGGUACUGUUACUUAUGGACGUCCAACAACUUCAACAUCAAUUAGACGUAAUAGUGCUGAAAGUGGAGAUCAUUAUGGUGCUACAGACUAUCCAACAAAUUCAUAUACAGCAAGUUCAACUGCGCAUCGUUCAUCAUCGCUCAAUGGAAACCUUCACACACCUUCAGGACAAGAUUUUGUUCAACCAACGAAUCAAGAAGAAGAACAAUUACAAAUGCAAAUUGCACUAGCUGAAUCACAACGUGAAGCUGAAGAUGAAGAACGUCGUCGUCGUAAUGAUGAUUUAAAACUUAAAAUUGCAUUAGAAAGAUCAGUCAAUGAAACACCAGGAGAUGGAUUAAACCCACAGGGCAUUAAUUUCAAUGCAAACUCUCAUCAUCUUGCUCCGUCUCUAUUUGAUACAACUCAUCAAUUCAAUGAUCCCUAUUUUCCACCACCAACAACAUCGAAUAUCGGUUGGAAUCCUCCUAGUGCUCGCCCAUCAACUCAUCUUGGUAUUACAACUGCUACAAACGAUCCAUGGUCAGCAGAAACGACUGGUCGUAGUUCUGCAGUAGCAACUAAUGAUCCAUGGCAAGGAGAUACGUCUGCAUCUACUACACAAGCUAAUCCAUGGCCUACAAAUAAUCAUACCACAACUAACAAUAAUACAGGUCUAUCUCUUAAUAUUGGUGAUCCUUGGGGUCUUGGCAUCAGUGAUUCUCAAACCACAACUGUACCUACAACCACAAUGAAUUCCAAAACUAUUGAUAAUGAAUUAAGUGAAUUUUUUGGUGCUAGUCCAAAUGUUUCUACAUCUAAUAAUCAUCAGCAGCAAGCAUCAUCGAAUCCAUGGAAUAUGCCACCGUCAAAUUUUUCUGUCUCAUCUACAAACGCAAAUUCUACUUCACCAAUAAAUUCUGGUUUCAGUACAGGUGGCAAUUUACUUUAUCCAAUAAUAGCUGGUGCAAAUAAUUCGAAUUCCAAUAAUUCAAGUCCACUUCCAACAGCACUAUCAACAUCUCGUAAAACGCCUGAAAGUUUUCUUGGUGAAAACUUUGGUAAUUUAGUUAAUCUCGAUAAAUUAGUUACAGAAACAAAGAAUACAAAUCCAUUUGGUUCAACUGCUCCACGUGCUCAAAACCCAUUUGCUAAUUUAACAAAGCCACCUACACUUGAACAAUUGAGUUCAUCAAAUAAUGUUGGUUUUACUACUGGUUCAACAUUACCACCACCGCUCAUUCCUUCGUCAUUCAAUGCAACAGCCUCAACAAUAAAUACAAAUAAUCCAUUUAUGUGA